GUGAGAGUUGGUCGGCAGUAGGUGAGCGAAUGCACAUUUGAAAGGGUUAUAGGAGGGCUGUGUUGUUAAAAUUAAAGAGAUAGCUUUUAUUUGUAGAAAUCAUUCGAGUCUGAGUCGGGGACGGCCUGAUUAUAUACUUGACAAUGUCUCUACAUUCGGGAAGAGGAGGCCCUGGAACCCCCAUGCAGACUUUUAGACCACAAAACCUAAGGCCUACUCAGCUACCUCAGUCUUCGGGACAGUACUGCUAUGAUACACAAAGUACUCCUCCUCCAACUUUCUCUAACAUGCCGAAUACAAAUUUUAUACCUCCCAGGCCAGAUUAUAUGUCAUAUCCUCCACCUGCUACUCCUCCAACACAGAGUGCAAUAAACCAAUGUCUUCCUAGGCCCCCUUUUCCAGUUAGACAGAGUUAUCCAAUGCCUCCCUGUUUUCCCCCAGCUCCACCUGCAUCUGCCCCAGGCAAUUCCUCAGCUGUUGUACCUCCUGUUGGACAGUGUCCAUAUCCUUACAUGAUGCCGCCAGUUAUGCCACCCCCACCAAUUAUGCCUCCCCCAUUACCCCAUGUUCCCUAUCAAACCCCAUAUACUGCUGGUUAUCCUGCUCAACCGUUUCCUCCACCACCCCCAGCACCCCAACCAACACCAAGCUUUAACAGCUAUCAACAGGCGACACCAUCUUUUCAAGGUCACUACAGACAUGCAAGUCACGGACAAUACCAGACAGAAAAGUCACAAGCUGAUCACAGAACACAAGAGAGAGGCAAACACUAUGAAGAUCAUCGUCGCAGAGAGUACAGCCAUAGUGACAGGCACCGAUCUGAAAAACAUGGCGACCGCCGAGAGAGAGCCAGAAGCUCUGAAAGGUCAAGAAGACUAGACGGCAGCCGUCACAGGUCAGAUUAUGAGUAUAGGAGGGGACCAUCACGUGGUAGAACUUCAUCACGCCAUCCAAGUUAUGAAAGAAGCAGCAGAGAGAGACACCGCCAUAGAGAAAGUCGAAGAUCAUCAUCUACUGAGAGAAGCUAUAGAAAAAGGCCAAAAAGUCCAUCACCAUCAAGUAGAGAGCAUAAAAGAUCUCGGUGGGAGGAAGAUACCGAAUCUCUAUCAGAGAGCCCCUCUUCAACAAAAGAAAAGUCCAGCAUUUCUGUUAAAGAUAAGGAUUCUCUGGAUGAAAACCUAUUGGAAAGAAAUGAGGAAGAAGAUGAAGAAUUGCUUAAGCCAGUGUGGGUUCGUUGUACCCAUUCUGAGAGUUACUACUCUAGUGACCCAAUGGAUCAAGUUGGAGACUCCACAGUGGUUGGCACAAGCAGACUACGUGAUUUAUAUGACAAGUUUGAAGAGGAGCUUGGAAAGCGUCAGACAACAGCUAGAGCUGCCAAGCCAGCAUGGGAGCCGCCAAAGACCAAAUUAGAUGAGGAUCUGGAGAGUUCCAGUGAGUCAGAGUGUGAAAUGGAUGAUAGCUGCUCCAGCAGUUCAGAUUCAGAGCUCUUUGAUGUAAUCGAGGAAAUAAAAAGGAAAAAAGCGCACCCCGAUCGCCUUCAUGAAGAGCUCUGGUAUAAUGACCCUGGGCAGAUGAACGAUGGUCCUCUCUGUAAGUGCAGUUUGAAAGCCAGACGGAAUGGAAUCAGGCAUAGCAUUUACCCAGCGGAAGAGUCUAUUAAAGCAUGUCGCCCCAUGACAAACAAUGCAGGACGGCUUUUUCACUACAGGAUAACAGUGUCUCCGCCAACUAACUUCUUGACUGACCGGCCAACUGUUAUUGAAUAUGAUGAUCAUGAGUAUAUCUUUGAAGGUUUUUCCAUGUUUUCGCAUUCUCCUCUGACAAAUUUUCCCCUGUGCAAAGUAAUCCGGUUUAACAUUGACUACACCAUACAUUUCAUUGAGGAAAUGAUGCCUGAGCAUUUUUGUGUGAAGGGCUUGGAACUCUUUUCUUCCUACCUGUACAAGGAUAUAUUGGAACUUCAUGACUGGAAUCUUAUGGAUCCUUUUGUUGAAAACAAUGAUGCCAGUUGUCCGCAGUUUCAUUUUAUGCCUCGUUUUGUACGAUUUCUACCAGAUGGUGGCAAAGAGGUCCUCUCCAUGCAUCAAGUUUUAUUGUACUUGUUGCGCUGUAACAAACCUUUAGUUCCUGAAGAAGAGAUUGCAAACAUGCUUCAGUGGGAAGAGCUUGAAUGGCAGAAAUAUGCAGAGGAGUGCAAAGGCAUGAUUGUCACUAAUCCUGGCAUGAAGCCUAGCUCAGUCCGAAUUGAUCAGCUUGAUCGGGAGCAGUUUAACCCAGAUGUAAUUACUUUCCCUAUCAUUGUCCAUUUUGGAAUAAGACCUGCUCAACUCAGCUAUGCUGGAGAUCCCCAGUACCAAAAGUUAUGGAAAAGCUAUGUGAAAUUGCGCCAUCUACUGGCAAAUAGCCCCAAAGUCAAACAAGCUGACAAGCAGAAAUUGGUCCAGAGGGAGGAAGCUCUUCAGAAGAUCAGGCAAAAGAACACAAUGCGACGUGAAGUAACUGUAGAGCUAAGUAGCCAAGGAUUUUGCAAAACUGGUAUCCGCUCCGAUGUCUGUCAGCAUGCAAUGAUGCUCCCAGUUCUGACCCAUCACAUACGCUACCAUAAAUGCUUAAUGGAUUUAGAUAAAAUACUUGGAUAUAUCUUUACAGACCGAUGCUUGCUGCAGCUUGCAAUGACUCAUCCAAGCCAUCAUUUAAACUUUGGGAUGAACCCAGACCAUGCCCGAAACUCCCUCUCGAAUUGUGGUAUCAGGCAACCGAAGUAUGGAGACAGAAAAGUGCAUUACAUGCACAUGCGUAAAAAGGGAAUAAAUACCCUGAUAAAUAUUAUGUCACGUCUGGGACAAGAGGAUCCAACACCUUCAAGGAUAAACCACAGCGAACGUCUUGAGUUCUUAGGAGAUGCAGUUGUUGAAUUUUUAACAAGUGUCCAUCUGUACUACCUGUUUCCAUUGCUGGAAGAAGGAGGAUUAGCUACCUACCGUACAGCUAUUGUUCAGAAUCAACAUCUUGCUAUGCUUGCAAAGAAAUUGGAAUUGGAUCGCUUUAUGUUAUAUGCACACGGGCCAGAUCUGUGCAGAGAAUCAGACUUACGCCACGCCAUGGCUAACUGCUUUGAGGCACUCAUGGGUGCAGUUUAUUUGGAAGGUGGACUUGAAGAGGCAAAACAAUUAUUUGGAAGACUGCUCUUCGGUAAUGAGGACCUGCGAGACGUGUGGCUUAAUUAUCCACUACACCAGCUUCAACUGCAGGAGUCUAAUUCAGAUAGGCAUCUGAUUGAGACAUCCCCAGUUCUAAAGAAGCUCACGAAGUUUGAAGAGGCAAUUGGAGUUGAAUUUACACAUGUUCGACUUCUAGCGCGGGCUUUUACCUUAAGAACUGUAGGAUUUAACCAUUUGACUUUAGGCCACAAUCAGAGAAUGGAAUUCCUGGGUGAUUCUAUAAUGCAGCUGGUAGCCACAGAAUAUUUAUUCAUACAUUUUCCUGAUCAUCAUGAAGGCCACUUAACGCUGCUGCGUAGCUCCUUGGUGAACAACAGGACUCAGGCCAAAGUAGCAGAGGAGCUUGGCAUGCAAGAGUUUGCCAUCACAAAUGAUAAGACUAAGCGACCAGUGGUACUCCGUACAAAGACCUUGGCUGAUUUAUUAGAAUCCUUUAUCGCUGCCCUUUAUAUUGAUAAGGACCUGGAGUACGUCCACACGUUUAUGAAUGUUUGCUUCUUUCCACGACUGAAGGAAUUCAUAUUGAAUCAAGACUGGAAUGAUCCAAAGUCUCAACUUCAGCAGUGCUGCCUCACCCUGAGAACAGAAGGCAAAGAGCCAGAUAUCCCUUUGUACAAAACUCUACAAACAGUAGGACCCUCCCAUGCGCGAACAUACACAGUUGCUGUUUAUUUCAAAGGAGAAAGAAUUGGCUGCGGUAAAGGCCCCAGUAUUCAGCAGGCUGAAAUGGGUGCAGCAAUGGAUGCUCUGGAGAAAUAUAACUUCCCCCAGAUGGCUCAUCAGAAGCGCUUUAUCGAACGGAAGUACAGGCAGGAAUUGAUAGAACUCAGGUUGGAGAAGGAGCAACAGGAAUUAGCAGAAGAGAUGAGAAAAUAAAGCCUGGCAUUCUUACAGUAUCCAUCCAACCCCUUGUGGGUUAGAGACAUGUCCAUCUGUGUCUGGGGAAACAUUUGAUAAAUCAUUCAACUGUUUUUUGUUUUAGGUGUUUUCUGUUUUUUAACUUGUCCCAUUUUAGUGAAUUUUAUCCAUAGCCAUGCUAUUUUCUUUUUAUUUAAAUACUUAAGUAAAUUAUGUUUUUUUUUUAUUUAAUUGUUUUUAUAAAAUAAUAAAUGACGGGUGUGUAAUAAAAGAAACAAUGUCUUAUUUAUUCAGAUUUUCAAAUAUAAUGUUAUAGGGGAAAGAUAUAACUAAACUGGUGCAUCAAUCUAGCACAUAGUAUUGUUAUUGGUAUGUUUACAAUUAGAUAUAACACCACCCUGUUUUGGCAAAAGAGCAGUGUUUGAGAAUAUGCAUUCAGUAAAAAGUUAAUAUUAAAGGGGAAGAUGAAUCUCUUAACGCGGUACUGUCCAACUGGUGGCUGCAUUUUGUCCCUGGGCUAGCCUAUUCCACUGUGCCUAUUGGAUUUCUGCUGGCUAAUAUACACAUUGCUGUUAGUUCAGGUAAAAACAAUGCUACAAAUCUUUUUAGUGUCUCUUCUAUAAGAGUUGCAGUGAAAGUUGGAAUAGAUAGUCCUGGAGUAGCUUUAGUGAUAUCAUGCUUGAUUAAAACUAAACCAUACAGCCAGGUUCCCUAUAACUAGUUUGUAUCCCCUAUGGAACGAUCUAAAGCAUUAUUGCUUUACACAUGGUAUACCCAAAAGCAUUAACUACUGAGACUUCAGAGAAAGGAGUUGUUGGUACAAUCUCUUUAAACAAAAAUGUUUCUAGCUGUCAACACGCAACAACACUGUGUGCACCAUUCUGAAGUGUAAAUGCAAUGUAAUAUUUCAGUAUGUCGGCUAAAGAUUAUUAGAAGGGAUGCUUUUGACUGGGAAUUUUUUUUGCACCUUUAAAUACGGUUGACGUGUGUAUGCCACAUAGGUGAGUUAAGAGCACCAAUGACUAUAAAGUACCUGUUCUAACAUGGCAUUAUGCACAAAACGAGGAAUCAACACUUUCGUUUGUGGCAUCAUCAUUUGUUACAGAAUUUUACCCACAAGGCCUUGUUUAAACAUAAUGUAAUUCCAUGUUAGUGAAUGUCUAAUUGGCUGAUACAAGGAACAAUCCAACAUCCUAGUACAUGUACAAUAUGUGAUCAGAGUCUAUGGCUUGCUAGCAGCGAUGCUAUAACUAUAGAAAAUGUACAAUAUGUAAUGUUUGGCAUUCUGAUAUUUAUUUUGUCUAAUCCUAUGCUUUUUGUAGUAUCUGGGACACUCCCCCCUUCUAUUCUUUCCAAAUUACUGGUUCAUAGUAAGAGAUGGUCUAAAUCUUAUUCACCGUGUUUUGUUUUUUUUGUUUGUUUUUUAUGUUCUUAAUGACUAAGAAAUAAAACAUUUAGCCACGGAAAGUGCUGAUUUAUUAACAUAGGUGCUAAUUGUCCUGUGCAACCAAUCAGGUCUUGGCUUCAUUUUGUAAUGAGCUGAUCAAAACAAAUUGCUGAUUGACUGCAACUUUGAGUCCUUUUAAAUAGAUGGUGUAAAAUCUUGAAUGCCCUAUAUUAUUUCAGAAAAUAAAUGUGCAUUGUGUUGAA